CGAAAAAAAUAAUAUAUAAAGUCUAUUUUAAUUCAGACAUGACUAGAUACCUAAGUUGUGUAGGAAGCUGCUUUCUUAUUGGUCGGAAACCUGCUUGAGUUAUUUAUUCACUUAAUUCCAAGCUUUCGAAUUUGAGAAAAGUCCCAUCCAUCAAUCUCGUCGGUCAUAUGAAUGGGAAAUGAAUCAAACCUCGCAAAUCCCAGAUCAUACAAGAAAAGAAGAAGAGAGAGCCAGAUUUGAGUGGGAUUUCAAUCUCUCCACUGUAAUUUCCUCCGCCGCCGGAGACGCCGGCGCCACCGUUUCCGACGCCAUCGGGGUGGUUGAGUUUGAUCAGAGUGGUGGGUUUUUAGCCACCGGCGGGAUUGCUAGAAAAAUCAGAAUUUACAGUACAGAGAAGUCGCUUAAAUCGGAAGAGAUCGAUGGCGAAAGAUCCGGGGUUAGGUUUCUCGACCACACGGCUGCAUGCGAAUUCUACAUGUGCACUCCGGCGAAGCUCAGCAGCCUUAAGUGGCGGCCCGGGUCGGGUUCCCGGGUCAUCGGAUCCGGAGACUACGACGGGGUCGUAAUGGAGUACGACCUCGAGAAACGGGUGCCCGUUUUCGAGCGCGACGAGCACGGCGGCAGACGGGUGUGGAGCGUGGACUACUCGCAUUGGGAUCCGAUUAUAGGCGCAUCCGGGUCGGACGACGGCACCAUGCAAAUGUGGGACCCGCGCUGCGAGGGUGGGAAGUGCCUUGCUUCGGUCCAACCGAACCGGGCUAUCCGGAGCCCGGUUUGCUCGGUUGAGUUCAACCCGUUCGGCGGACCCGUGGUGGCCGUCGGAUGCUCCGACCGGCGAAUCUACGGCUACGAUUUGCGGGGGAUGUCCGACCCGGUUUUCGUGCUGGACGGGCACCAGAAGGCUGUGACGUACACGAGAUUCCUCGAUUCGCAGACGAUUGUAUCUUCGUCGGUUGAUGGGUGCUUGAUGAUGUGGCACACGGAGGAGCGGCGCGUGGUCAGGACGUACAGAGGGCACGUGAACAGUAGAAGAUUUGUUGGGUUGUCCGUAUGGAGUGAUGGUGGGUUGUUAAGCUGUGGGUCGGAAAAUAAUCAGGUUUUUGUGUAUGAUAAGAGGUGGGCCCAGCCCAUUUGGGUGCGCGGGUUGGAGUCCAUGGGCCGGGUGCAGUGUGAGCCGGGUUUUGUUAGCGGCGUGUGCUGGCGGCAGACCGGAGAUGGGCGGUGCAUGCUGGUGGCGGGUGGCUCUGAUGGGGUGUUGCAAGCGUUUGAGGGCCAAAGAAAGUAAGAAAUUAGAGGAAUAUGAGUAUACGAUGACAAAUACGAAAUUAUGAAUUAGAAAGUUGUUUUUUUUAAUCCAGUUUUUCUUGUAA